CCCACUGCCAUUGCCUCUAGGGUGAACGAGAGAGAGAGAGAGAGAGAGAGACUCAAACCUUAAAAGACAGAAAAUCCAAAAUUUUCAUGCGUAGGCACUGUCUUCAAAAGUCACUUUAUUUUUCCUUUCCAUGUCCGUUUAAAAUACACACAAAGGGUGAAUCAGAAUUUGAAACAAAGUGAAAAAAAAAAGAAAAAGAAAAAAAGAAUGUAUAAUCUUUCUUCAAUAACAGCUCCACAGAUUUCUCCAGUUUAUUCAUCAAUGGCAGCCUUCUCUCCAGGUAUUGAAGCAGGAGGAAAGCACGGCAUGGGUUCAAACAAGAAGCUUCUUGUAGCUCUAAUUGCUGCUUCCACGGCUAUGGGAGCAAUCAUUUUGUUUCUUUUGUGUUUCUGGGUUUAUCAUAGGAAGCAUAUAAACAAAUCCAAGGAGAAAAGGAGUCAUAGCUCAGACGUUGCAAAAGGGCUUGCAUUAGUUCCAUUUCCGUUCUUGGGUAAAUACAAUACUUUCAAGACAAGUUAUAGAAAGGGAUCUGCUGCAACUACAAUGGACUACAAUGUGUUAGAAUCGGCUACUAACAAUUUCAGUGAAAGUGAAAUCUUGGGUAUGGGAGGAUUUGGAUGUGUGUACAAGGCUAAGUUAGAAGAGAACUUGUGUGUGGCUGUGAAGAGACUCGAAGGGAGAACUUCAGAUGCCAUAAAAGAAUUUGAGACUGAGGUAGAGUUGCUGAGCAAUAUUCAGCACCCGAACAUAAUUUCUUUGUUGGGUUGUAGCGUUCACGCUGAAACCAGGCUUAUUGUUUAUGAACUGAUGCAGAAUGGAUCUCUGGAAACUCAAUUGCACGGACCUUCGCGUGGAUCUGCAUUAACGUGGAAUCUUCGGAUGAAAAUUGCCCUUGAUGUAGCAAGAGGAUUAGAAUAUUUGCACGAUUACUGCCAUCCACCAAUAAUUCAUAGAGAUCUGAAAUCAUCUAAUAUUCUUUUGGAUUCCAACUUCAAUGCCAAGCUUUCAGAUUUUGGUCUUGCUGUGCCCGAUGGGGCCCAGAAUAGAAACAACGUUAAACUUUCAGGAACUUUGGGUUAUGUAGCCCCCGAGUACCUUUUAGAUGGUAAAUUAACAGAUAAAAGUGAUGUUUAUGCAUUUGGAAUUGUUUUACUGGAGCUUCUACUGGGAAGAAAGCCUGUGGAGAAACUUUCACCAUCUCAAUGCCAAUCUAUUGUCACAUGGGCGAUGCCCCAACUAACCGAUAGAUCCAGGCUUCCAAACAUUGUAGAUCCUGUCAUCAUAAACACAAUGGAUUUAAAGCACCUAUAUCAGGUUGCUGCUGUUGCUGUGUUAUGCGUUCAACCAGAACCAAGCUAUCGACCAUUGAUAACAGAUGUUUUGCAUUCUCUCAUCCCCCUUGUUCCCAUGGAGCUUGGUGGCACGCUCAGACUUGUAAAACUGGCGCCACCUGCAUUCAUCCCAAAGCCUUCCAACUGAUUCUAUCAAGUGCUAUUUUAUUCAGUUGCACUGCCUGCACGGAUCAUUCAUUCGUUCCCCAGAUGAGACACUUUUGAUUAUUUUUGAUGGGCAGUUAAUUGAUUUGGUACUCUUAUUUUGUAAAUUUAAAAAAGUACAAUUGCACUUUUUACUUUAAUAUAUAUGUCGAUAUAAGACACUUGUACAUAUAAUUGUGAAACAAACAUUGAACCAUUUGCCA